UUCUCUUUUUGUCGUUUCAGGUGGACUAGCAUGGUGAAGGGCACGACAAGGGUGGCGUCCCCGGCAAGAUGACCCAGACGAUACACUCCCACCCUCACCCACAGGGACGUCCACCCCCGCCCCUGCUCCAGCCCCGCCCACAGCCCAGUGUAGUAAGGAGGACGCGUAUCGAGUGGGCGUGGCGACAUGUAGUGUUGUGGGCGUUGGUGGCCGCGGUGUGGUGCUGUGGGCGCGGUGCGGGGGGCAGCAGCGGGGACAGCGUGCGCUUCUCCCGCCCACAGUACAACGCCAGCGUGCCCGAGAAUGCCCUGGGCAACACGCCCGUGGUGAGCGACGCGAUGAUGGGCGUGCGCAUCACCGACCCCUCGCUCAGGAUCCGCUUCCGCAUCACGGAGGGCGACAGCCAGAACUUCUUCCGCGCCGCCGCGCGCGUCGUCGGCGACUUCUGCUUCCUGGAGCUGAGCGUGCGCACCGGCAACCAGCGCGUGCUCAACCGGGAGUCCAAUGACCUGUACAAGCUCAAGGUGAAGGCGCAGCACCGGCGCCACGACCGCACCAAGGAGGACCUGCCCGGCGCCGUCACCGAGGUGUGGGUCACCAUCACGGACCUCAACGACCUGUCGCCCUUCUUCCUGAUGGAGGAGUACCGCGUGCGCCUCAGCGAGGACACGCCCCUCCACGCGUCCGUGGCGCGCGUCAAGGCCGAGGACCCCGACGCGGGCCUCAACGGCCAGAUCUACUACAGCUUCAAGGAGGACACGCCCGUGUUCGCCAUCCACCCCACGUCGGGCGUCGUCACGCUCACGCGGCCGCUGCGCUUCCUGGAGCAGGCCAAGUACCAGCUGACGGUGCAGGCGCAGGACCGCGGGCUGCGCCAGCGCGGCGGCUGGCCCGCGCUGGCCCGCCUCUUCGUCAACGUGACGGAGGAGAACGUGUACGACCCCGAGAUCCUGGUGACGAAGCUGCCCGAGGCCAUGUCGCGCGCGCACCUGUCCGUGGUGGCCAUCAUCAACGUGGUGGACCAGGACCGCGGCCCGAGCGGCGAGGUGCGCUCGCUGGAGAUCGUGGAGGGCGACCCCGACCGCGUGUUCCGCGUCCUGCCCAGCUCGGGCGGCAACGAGUUCAACCUGGCGGCGCUCGACACCAUCGACUGGAGCGACACGCCCCUCGGCUUCAACCUCACGCUCAAGGCCACCGACGGCGGCACGCGCCCGCGCUUCAGCUACAAGGUGGUGCGCGUGGCGGCGCCGCCCACGCCCGAGGAGGAGGCCGCCUUCACGCAGGAGGUGUACGAGGCGGAGGUGAGCGAGGUGGCGCCGCUGGGCACGCGCGUGCUGCAGGUGGGCGCGUGGCUGCCCGGGGCGCAGCGCCGCGUCAAGUUCGACAUCGUGGCGGGCAACAAGGGCGGCCAGUUCCACAUCGACCCGACGUCGGGCGUGAUCACCACCACGGCGCUGCUCGACGCCGAGACGCGCGACGCCUACACGCUGACGGUGGCGGCCACGACGCCGUCGCAGCUGACGUCGCAGCGCCAGGCGGCCGCCAAGGUCAUCGUGCGCGUGAGGGACGCCAACGACAACACGCCCAUGAUCGUGGCGCCGCAGGGCGUGGUGCGCGUGGAGGAGCACCAGCCCACCGGCACGUGGGUGACCAAGGUGCGCGCGCAGGACUACGACUCGGGCGAGAACGGCUACGUGUCGUACAGCCUGGCCAACGCGAACGACGUGCCCUUCUCCGUGGACCACUUCACGGGCGAGGUGAGCACCACGCGCGCCCUCGACUUCGAGACGGAGCGGCGCACGUGGCGCCUGCGCGUGCGCGCGUCCGACUGGGGCUCGCCGUACCGCCGCCAGAGCGAGAAGAUCAUCACGGUGCACGUGGAGGACGUCAACGACAACCGGCCGCAGUUCGAGCGCGUGGCGUGCACCGGCUUCAUCGACCGCCUCACGCCGCUCGGCUCCGAGGUCUUCACGCUGUCGGCCGUCGACUUCGACCAGGGCAACAUCAUCAGCUACCGCAUCGUGGGCGGCAACGACGACCGCUGCUUCUCGCUCGACUCCACCUCGGGCGUGCUCACCCUCACGUGCGACCUGCAGGACCUGCUCACGCCCGAGCGCAUCGUCAACGUCACGGCCACGGACGGCCAGCACUUCGCCGACACGCUGCCGCUGCGCUUCCAGCUGGUCAAGCAGCAGAACCACGUGGGCGGCUCGUGGGCGGAGCUGGAGUGCCGCGAGAUGGGCGUGGCGCAGCGCCUGGCCGAGCAGCUGGCCCGCGCCGCCAAGAACAACCUGAAGGACGACUCGCUGCUGCUGCUGACGCCGCCGCCGCCCGUGGUCAACGCCCACGCGCCCGAGCUGCGCAACAUGCCGCUGGAGGUGCGCGUGCGCGAGAACAGCGAGCCGGGCACCGUGGUGUUCAAGGUGGACGCCGAGGACGAGGACGUGGGCUACCCGGGCCACCUGGUCUACGCCAUCGUGGAGGGCAACCAGGAGGCCGUCUUCAGCAUGGACAUGGCCACGGGCGAGCUGACCGUCGCGGGGCUGCUGGACCGCGAGCGGGUGCCGCGCUACGCCCUCAACCUCACGGUGUCCGACCUGGGCGACCCGCGGCGCACCGCCUCGCGCCUCGUCACCAUCACGCUGGUCGACGAGAACGACAACGCGCCGCAGUUCGACAAGCCCGCCUACAGCUUCUUCCUGCCGGAGAACGUGGCCAACGGCACCAGCGUGUACGAGCUGCGCGCGCACGACCCGGACGAGGGCAGCAACGGCGUGGUGACCUACAGCCUGGCCACGGACACCAAGGACUUCCGGCUGGACCCCGUGACGGGCCGCCUGAGCGUGGCCUGGCCGCUCGACCACGAGACGCACGACGUCUACGAGCUGCGCGUCGUGGCCACGGACGGCGGCGCGCGCUCCGCCCACGCCUACGUCACGGUGCAGGUGGCCAACAUCAACGACUGCCCGCCCGUGUUCCCCAGCGACAAGAACACCGCCAUCAGGAUACCCGAGGACCUGCCUCUGGGCGCCCUCGUCACCCUGGUGGCCGCCCACGACCCGGACUCGCCCAAGCUGCGCUACUCGCUGGUGGGCGGCCACGAGGGCGUCUUCAGGAUCGACGAGGACACCGCCGCCCUGCGCCUCGCCGCCCCCCUCAACUACGAGAUGCGCCCCGCCUACAACAUCACCGUCAGGGCCACGGACGACGGCACGCCCCCGCUCGCCGCCAUCACCUACGUCAUCGUCCAGGUGGUGGACGUGGACGAGAACGUGCACGCGCCAGUCUUCGGCCAGGACGUGGUGGAGGCGGUCGUGCUGGAGUCGUCCCCCCCCACACGCUCGUCACGUCCGUCCCCCCUCGACGCCGACCUCAACCCCGCCGACGGAGCUGUGACGUACUCGCUGGUCGGGCCCGAGGGACGGGGGGUGUUCUAUAUCGAUCAGAAGGGUGA